AAGAAAAACACAAGAGCUGAAAGAGGAGUACUGGUUGGUGAGGCAACCAAGGUAGCUAGCUCAUGUGAAGCAGAGCGCCAGGAGAAAAGGAGACGGAGUACAAGCAAAUUUGGACACCUGCACGCUCGGCUGCGACGACGUCUAGUGGAAGCGAAAGCAGCUAGCAGCUGACAUGAGCUCCAUCGAUCUCAACCCUGCCCUGAUCAGUGAUCAAUGAACACUUCCCCGUUGCAUGAGCCGUUGCCAUCGACGACGGCUACACGUGGCGGAACCGUACGACGCCUUCCUAGUUUCCCGGCCGGCGAGCUCCGACCCUCACGCGUGCAGAGACGCAAGCGAGCCGGCCAGCGCUAGGUCAGUUGGCUCUGUCUCAAGGCAAGCUGUAUACCCGAGACGAUCUUUUAUCAUGCAUGACCCCCCCCCCCCCCCCCCCCCCCUGACGCAAUCGGACGCUGCAAUUUGCACGCUCCGUGCCAAUAGCUGCAAACCCAAGUUCUAUCGCUUUCUGCAGGACUAGCUGUAGCAGCAGUGGACGAAUACACAGCGCCGGAAACGAGCGUUCGCCGCCAGGCUAUCCGCCGCUUGCAUAAGUACAGCCCACUCCGACUCCGUAUGGGACACAUGGGCGGGUGCGUGGUGCACUGGUGCUUCCAUCGAACUGUGCUCGUUUGAUUAAUUUGCCCUCCUCUUCCUUCCCUCCAGCUAACCCAUCAGCCAUUGGUAGGUAGCCCGUGAACGAAGGUUGCAACCAUAACUCUUCUCUUCCCACGAGAGAGAGAGAGAGAGAGAGAGAGAGAGAGAGAGAGAGAGAGAGAGAGCUUGACCGAAAUCCACAUACCGUGUAUAGCUAGUGGUAGCAGUGCAGCCGGCCGGGGUCUAAAGAAGGGGGACCGUACGUACUGCAUGGCCGCGUUGACAUCUGCGAAGGGCGCUCUCCUUCCGUCGUGGGCUCGCAGCAGCAGCAGCGGCCAUGGCGGCGACUUGUGGAGGGUCCUGGGGAAGGCGUUGGCUACGGACGAUCGAUGCCUCUCCCCGCCGCGAUGAGAUCAUCCAUGCUCAGAGGUCGGUGUAACCUCUUCCUCCCUUUCGCUGCUCGCUGUUCGCAGGCCGGAGGAGGAGGCGGCGGCGGAUGCUCCCUUCUGCUCCCGCGCCGGUGGCAGUCGUCGCUGCCGCAGCUGGACCACGUCGCCGACAGGUCCAACGAGGAGAGCGGCGGCGAGAUCGACUGGGACAACCUCGGCUUCGGCCUCACCCCGACCGACUACAUGUACGUCACGCGGUGCUCGCCGGAGGACCGCGGCGACUUCCCCCGCGGCGAGCUCUGCCGCUACGGCAACAUCGAGCUCAGCCCCUCCUCCGGCGUUCUAAACUACGCCCAGGGCCUGUUCGAGGGAAUGAAGGCGUACCGGCGGCCGGACCGGGCCGGGUACACGCUGUUCCGGCCGGAGGAGAACGCGCGGCGGAUGCAGCGCGGCGCCGAGCGCAUGUGCAUGCCGGCGCCGUCGGUGGAGCAGUUCGUCCACGCCGUCAGGCAGACAGUCCUCGCCAACAGGCGCUGGGUGCCGCCGCAGGGGAAGGGAGCCCUGUACCUCCGGCCUCUGCUCGUGGGGAGCGGCCCGAUCCUUGGGCUGGCUCCGGCCCCCGAGUACACCUUCCUCAUCUACGCCGCACCCGUUGGGAACUACUUCAAGGAGGGCCUGGCGCCCAUCAACCUGGUGGUGCAUGACGAGUUCCACCGCGCGAUGCCCGGCGGCACCGGCGGGGUCAAGACCAUCGCCAACUACGCGCCGGUGCUGAGGGCGCAGAUGGACGCCAAGAGCAAGGGGUUCACGGACGUGCUGUACCUGGACUCGGUCCACAAGCGGUACCUGGAGGAGGUGUCGUCGUGCAACGUGUUCGUCGUCAAGGGCGGCGUGGUCGCCACGCCGGACACCCGGGGCACCAUCCUGCCGGGCAUCACGCGCAAGAGCGUCAUCGAGCUCGCCAGGGACCGCGGAUACAAGGUUGAGGAACGCCUGGUUUCCAUCGACGAUCUGGUGGCCGCAGACGAGGUGUUCUGCACCGGGACCGCGGUGGUGGUUGCUCCCGUGUCGACAGUCACGUACCAGGGCGAGAGGUAUGAGUUCAGAACGGGGCCGGACACGGUGUCGCAGGAGCUGUACACGACGCUGACAUCCAUUCAGAUGGGCAUGGCCGCCGAGGACAGCAAGGGAUGGACAGUAGCAGUAGAGUAGAUUAAUAAGGUUGGGGAAUGCCAUCGCCACGACAUUGGAUCCUACAUCAGUAUUGUCAUCCGGUAGAAUGCAUACUCGGUUGAUCAGCAUAUGUAGUGUUGCAGCAAAUUGAAGAAUAAACCGUGUGUGUUCGAUGGCGAUCAGUGACGAGGCCAUUGAGCAGCCAUUGAUUUGAUC